AACCAGCCGUUCCCAUGGCGCCAUGCACAAAGAACCUCGCCUUUUUCUGUUACCUCAUUUUCAUUCUCAUCACCGCCAUUACGCAAACUCCCUCCAACCUCUCUCUAUAUUACGCUUUUCUCCGUUAUUUUAUCACCAUCAUCAUCUCCAUCACCACUUCCCACAAACCUCUCUCCCCCCCCAGACUUAACCACGACCAUGUCGAGGGAGCAAGAACUGCUCGCCGCCGACAUCGUCGACCGCGGCGUCGUCGAGGGCUCCCAGGCCUUCUCCGUCAGGGUCCGCCGCCGGCUGCCGGACUUCCUCGGCUCCGUCAACUUGAAGUACGUGAGGCUCGGUUACACGUACCUCCUCAGCCACGGGGUUUACUUCCUGGCCGCCCCGGUCCUGCUGGCGGUCUUCGGCGUCCACGUUGGCAGGCUGACGUGGCAGGAUUUCUUCCCCGAGUGCCACGCUGUCGAUGCUCUUUUCAUCGUGGGAUUGUUGGGGUUGAUGCUUUACAUCUACUUCGACUUGGCCCCGCGAUCGGUUUAUCUCGUCGAUUUCGCUUGCUUCCGCCCGCCAAACGAACUCAAGAUUUCGAAGGCGGAGUUCAUCCGCCUGGCCAAGCAAUCCGGCAACUUCACCGACGCCUCCAUCGAGUUCCAGCACCGCGGCCUCAAGAACUCCGGCCUCGGCGACUCGACCUACAUGCCCCGCUCCGUCUUCCGCCCCGCCCCCCACAAAAUCACCCUCCGCGACGGCAGGGAGGAAGCCGCCAUGGUCAUGUUCGGAGCCGUCGACGACCUCCUAGCCGCCACCCAAAUCCGUCCCAAGGACAUCAACAUCCUCGUCGUCAACUGCGGGGUCCUCAACACCACCCCGUCCUUAGCCUCCAUGGUGAUCAACCACUACAAGCUCAAGCACAACAUCAACAGCUUCAACCUCGGCGGGAUGGGCUGCGCCGCGGGGAUCGUCGCCGUCGAUCUCGCCAGGGAUCUCCUCACGGCUUACCCUUGCUCCCACGCUCUGGUUGUCAGCAUGGAGGCAGUGAGCUACACUUGGUACAGCGGGAACCGGACCGACAUGCUGCUUCCCAACUGCUUCUUCAGAAUGGGCGCUGCUGCAAUGCUGCUCUCCAGCUGCCGGAUCGAUCGGUGGCGGUCCAAGUACGAACUCAAGCAGCUCGUGCGAACGCAUAAAGGGAUGGACGAGCGAAGCUUCAAAAGCAUCCGCGUCAGAGAAGACGCAGAAGGCAAGAAGGGCAUCUCGGUAAGCAAGGACGUGAUUGAAGUGGGAGGGCACGCACUGAAAGCCAACAUCACAACUUUAGGGCCACUGGUUCUCCCUGUAUCUGAGCAGUUCCACUUCUUCACCAACCUGCUGUUCAGGAAGAAGGAAACCAAGCCUUACAUACCGGAUUACAAGCUGGCGUUCGAGCACGUAUGCAUCCUGGCGACGAGCAAAAAAGUGCUCGACGAGCUGCAGAGCCACCUGGAGCUCACGGAGGAGUACAUGGAGGCGUCGAGGAAGACACUGGAGCGGUUCGGGAACACUUCCAGCAGCAGCGUGUGGUACGAGCUGGCGUACCUGGAAGCGAAUUCCCGUGUCAAGAGAGGGGACAGGAUUUGGCAGAUCGCGUUUGGGUCGGGUUUCAAGUGUAACAGUGUCGUCUGGAAGGCGCUCAGGAAUGUCAGGAAACCCAGGGUUAGUCCAUGGGUUGAGGAACCUAAUUAGUAACUAGCAGUAGCUAAGAGGAAAGUUUUUUUUCUCAAGUAACUAAUAAUGUGAAACAGCAGAAACCAGACCAUAUUGGGACUCCAUGUAAUGCAACGUUUACCUUCUGCUUCCAGUGACCAUAGAUUCUACAGCCUAUGUGAAAUAAUCAUCAAAAAGAGGAAGAUGUCUUCUUGGUGUUAAUUCAUUAUGACUAUCUAGGAAAGAUAUGUAACUGCAACUGCAAACCGGGUAGAUUUCGUUAAUCAUCUGUGCAAUUGAUCUUCGCCAAAACAAAAAUUCACAAGUCAUUAAGCCACACUACUGCAAUGUCAUGGAGAAGCUACAUAUCCUCCCAUUGAAGAAGGACAAACACGGGGCCAAAUGUAAAAAUGUAGAGCACCAAAGUAUGUUCAUCAGCUCAAAACUUGCUCAUAAAGCCACACAAUGCAAGGAGCAGCUAAAGAUGCUACUGAACAUGAGCCCUACGCAUGAUAUAGCUCCAAUAGCCAGCAUUUUCCAUGCAGCCCUUCCACUGGCGUCCAGCUUUCACACCGCCUAAUUAGACUUCAGGUGCAACCACAAUCUGCAUAUGUAUUGUUGCUAAUAUCAAGCAUACAUAAGAAAGUGAGAAGCUAUUGAGUUUACUUGCUAAACAAGACAGUGUGUGGUUACCCUGCAGUCAAGGGGUGAGUCCGCAUGGACUGAACUGUCAGAUACCCCCAGCCCCGAUGCAUUUACAGCCGUCAGGCCAAUGCCUGAGGCGUUAUUCACAAAACAUCACCACAUGUUGAUCCAAUGCUUAUCAACACGUGGGGCGAUUCAUUGAUCCAAUAGCUGUAAACGAGCCGAGAUCUGACAGUAUCAGCCCACACAGAUCCACCCCUCGUUGCAAAGUAGCCAACUUAAACAAAUGUGCCUAUUUCCACUCACAAAUUAUCUAAACUACCACUCAAGAAGUUCUGUAUGCUACAUCCUAUAAAAAUUCUAGUCGUAAUGAGGAAAAGGG